AUGGCACCCAUCGUCGUCCCUGAGAAUAAACCUGAGAAACGCUUCUACGCAGGCGGAGCACGGAUUUCUGCGGUUCGCUCCAACCCCCCUUGCUCCUCUCACCAGCCCGAAGACUGGGUAUCUUCCACGACGUGCUGCUUCGCCACGGCCGGUAUUGGCUACAGCCAGCCGGCUUCAGGACGGGACUCUGCUCACAGAUGCAGUGCACACCUUGGACGAAAUCACGGCAAAGCGGAAGCCUGGUAUAUCCUGACACCCGGCUCGGUGUGGCUUGUAUUAAAGGAAUCGAUUGACAGCGGGGAGCUACCGCAACUUGUCGAGACGGGUCGGGGAACGAACCCGCUGGAUCGUAUGCAAAAGUUUGGCCUUUUGCCGCGUCAGACGCUGCACGUUCCGCCGGGUACAUUGCACGCUAUUAGUAAUGGCAUCGUAGUUGUUAAAAUCCAGGGGCCAGAGGAUCUUUCCGUGCUGUGCGAAUGGGGCGGGUUUGCUAUUCAUGGCAAAAACGGCGGCCAUCUGGGGCUUGAGUUUCCCACUGCUCUCAAAGCCGUGGAUUACGUUCAGGUCGAGCAAUGGGUAACGUCGGGAGUUGUCGCAAAGAGCGUUUUGGCUGCAGAGUCCACCAAGCACUUUGGACUUGAGAGAAUCCAUGUAGAAGGUUCAGCGAGAACCAAGCGCGGAUUUGCCAUUCUAGUCGUUCUUGAUGGCAAGUUGUUAUCGAACACUUCGCACUCUGAUCCCUUGCCGCUAUCCAAAGGGUUCACACUGGUGAUUCCCCAUGAAGACGACGAGCUAAGUCUACAAGGGGAGGCUGACGUGCUGAUUGCUCGACCGCCUCAGUGA